UUGCUCGCGAGUGUUUAUCGGCUCAUCCGGUCAUGCCUGAACCAGCGAAGUCCGCGCCGGCCCCAAAGAAGGGCUCCAAGAAGGCGGUGACCAAAGCGCAGAAGAAGGAUGGCAAGAAGCGUAAGCGAAGUCGCAAGGAGAGUUACUCCAUUUAUGUAUACAAAGUGCUGAAGCAGGUCCACCCUGACACCGGCAUCUCGUCCAAGGCCAUGGGCAUCAUGAACUCAUUUGUCAACGACAUUUUCGAGCGCAUCGCUGGUGAGGCGUCUCGCCUGGCGCAUUACAACAAGCGCUCAACCAUCACGUCUAGGGAGAUCCAGACGGCCGUGCGUCUACUGCUGCCCGGGGAGCUGGCCAAGCACGCCGUGUCCGAGGGCACCAAGGCCGUCACCAAGUACACCAGCGCCAAGUAAACAAACUUUUCACAGAAAAUGUUUACAGGAAAUGACAAUCCAUGAACAAUGAGAAUUCCAGUCACCUAGAUUAUAGUCUCUUGAUGCCUUCUCCAAAGAGCAAACAUAGCAACUUGGAAACUUGGAUACAUGCUACAUAUUAAAUAGAUUUAAGAAACAUAACCAAAUGCCAUGUGUGGAUCUGAUGAGAUCCUUAUUCAGCUAAAAUCAUAGUAAAAAAAUAUUUGAGGAAAUUGGGGAUUUUUUUUUUUUUUAAAGGACUAGGUAUUGGAUGAUGUUACAAAUAAUUUUUUAAAUUAUCUUAGGAGGGAAAAUAGUAUUGUGUUUUCUUUAAGUCCAUAUCAGUUAGGAUGCUUGUUAAAAUAUUCAUGAUUGAAAUAACAUGCUUUGGAUUUCUUUACCACUC